UUUUUUUUUGACUUGUAUACCACUAUGCGUUUUAAUCAAAAGAAUAUACAGGAUUCUUUUUCUAUACCUCAGAAAAGAAGCACUAGAUUUAGCAAGAAAAAAGAGGAUAUGCCUUCACCAACUCAAGAUCAACUGAUUGCUCCUAAAAAACGACAACGUAUCACUUCUGACAAGAAGAAAGAACUACAUAAGUUAUUUGAUUCUAUCAGCGCUGAUCCUUUUUAUGAAAAUGACAUUCCUAUUGCCAAAUCCGAACAAUCCUCGGAUAAAGACUCAUUAGAACAUUCGAAAGAACUAGAGAGACAACAACUCAAAUAUAUCUUUACACCGGAACAAUGGCUGGAUUGGAUUUACGAUCAAGACGACUCGGAUACAGAAACAGAUGAUGCUAUAGAUGCAACAGACGAUCUAGCAAAAUUAGCAACAGAGUUCCUGGAAAAGGAGGAAACAGAGGAAUUGAAACAGGCACUCAAUGGAACAGAACAUGUUAAAGAAAAAAUUCAACAUUAUCGAUUCUUCUCAAAACGUUGUACUAUCCCAUCACCUCAAGUCUUAUCAAUACAAGAUGAAAUCAAUCUUAUGAAUGAUAAAUCCAUGAUUGCCAAAUAUAAUCAUCUUGUCAAGUACUCUGCAGAUAAUUCAAAACGAAAAUUCCUUAUUUCUUCUGAUAUCAUUACAACUUGGUAUCAACUUGGUUGGAAUUGUACCCAUUCAGUCUAUCAAUGGCUUAUUGAAAUUGUCGCUUUUGAAGAAGAUAUUGGGGUUGCAAGACAGGCUUUCACAACACUUUCGGUACUUUGGUCUAACUGGCUUCAGCAAAAACUACCAUUGGCUGCUGGUACUAUGGAUGGACUCAACUACAAUCGAUUCAUGUCUGUGGAUACUUUCUCCUACAUAUUACGAUCAUACGGGGCUCUCUCACUAUUGUCAUUGAAUGACGAUGAUACCACAUUUUCAUCUUGUUUUAAUAAGGAAAAGGAUCAGGAUAUAGCGAUGGACGAUGAUCAAGUGGACAAAAUACCUCUGAUUCAAUUUGAAUGGGUACUGGAACUUCUUACCAAAUCAUUGACUUUAUGGCCUGAAGCAUAUACGGUACAACAAUUACAUUACCUUGGCAAAACACUGAUUUGUUUAGGGGUAGAUCAGCUUGGUAUGCUUUUAUUGAAUAGGAUUCAAGACACAUUGGAGGCAUGUUUACAAGCUUUACCAGAAGAUGAUUGGCAAACCCAAAUUCAAAAAAUGGCCCUUUCCCUUGGUGAAUUAUUCACAUCAGUGGAACUUCAAAUACGUAUCUUCAAAUCAACUAAACCCAUCUGUGAUCGAAGCUUGUAUCUCCGGCGAGUGAUGGCAGUAUUAGCAUUGGAAAUGGCACUCAAUAGCGAUAAGGCUUUAAUGGAACAGCAAGAACCAAAGGCGGUAUCAUUAGAAUCAUUGUCAUCUAUAUGUGAUUCGAGUGAUACUAUUUUAUCCACCAUGACAGAAAAAAUGCGGGACACUACCAGUAUCUUUCAACAAACUAAUCCUGAUUAUCGACAACUCUCAUUAAGGAUAUAUCUGUUGGAUCAUGCUAUUGGAAGUAAUAUAUCAGAAUUCAAAACAUCAAUAGAUGCUGUAAGCUCCUUGGUUACACAGUUACAAGCUUUGGGUCGUAGAAUAGGUGGACGACUGAGUACAUUGGAAAGAACUAUGGCUAACGAAGCAACUCAAAGACUUUGGAGUAGAAUGGCGUAUGUAAUUGGUAGAUAUGGAAAUACGUUAGAAGAUCAUGAACUAUAAAACGGAUGUUUGUUUUGGAUGUAACAGUCUAUUCCCAGUCAAGCAAUCUGGUCCCUCAUGGCUCUUCCAAAUGGGCAAGACAAGAUAACAAAGAAAACAUUGGCUCAGUUUUCUUCUCCGCAACUUGCACAAAGCGUCAUAUUUCUCUUUUUUGAUACUUUUUUUUUUAUUUCCCUUUUUUUUCACUUUUUCUUUUUUUCUUUCUUUCUUUCUUU